AUGCGCAGCCACGUGACCCGGCGGAAGAAAAUCGCUCGGAACGAGCGCUUCCACCCCCAAAACGCGGAAGGAGCUGCACAUGUGCAGGAAGAUCAGCGGGCGCCGAUGACCCCGCUUUCCAUCACCCCGCCCCAUUCUCCCGCUUUCCACCACCCCGCCCCAUUCUCCCGCUUUCCAUCACCCCGCCCCAUUCUCCCUCCUUCCAUCAUCCCGCCCCAUGCUCCCUCCUUCCAUCACCCCGCCCCAUUCUCCCGCUUUUCAUCACCCCGCCCCAUUCUCCCGCUUUCCAUCACCCCUCCCCAUUCUCCCGCUUUCCAUCACCCCGCCCCAAUCUCCCGCUUUCCAUCACCCCGCCCCACUCUCCCGUUUUCCAUCACCCCGGCCCAUUCUCCCGCUUUCCAUCAUCCCGCCCCAUUCUCCCGCUUACCAUCACCCCGCCCCAUUCUCCCGAUUUCCAUCACCCCGCCCCAUUCUCCCGCUUUCCAUCCCCAUUCUCCCGCUUUCCAUCACCCCGCCCCAUUCUCCCGCUUUCCAUCACCCCGCCCCAUUCUCCCGCUUUCCAUCACCCAACCCCAUUUUCCCGCAUUUCAUCACCCCGCCCCAUUCUCCCGCUUUCCAUCACCCCGCCCCAUUCUCCUGCUUUCCAUAACCCCGCCCUAUUCUCCCUCCUUCCAUUACCCCGCCCCAUUCUCCCACUUUCGAUCACCCCGCCCCAUUCUCCCGCUUUCCAUCACUCCGCCCCAUUCUCCCGCUUUCCAUCACCCCGCCCCAUUCUCCCGCUUUCCAUCACCCCGCCCCAUUUUCCCGCUUUCCAUCACCCCGCCCCAUUCUCCCGCUUUGCAUCACCCCGCCCCAUUCUUCCGCUUUCCAUCACCCCGCCCCAUUCUCCCACUUUCCAUCACCCCGCCCCAUUCUCCCGCUUUCCAUCACCCCGCCCCAUUCUCCCGCUUUCCAUCACCCGGACCAUUCUCCCGCUUUCCAUCACCCUGGCCCAUUCUCCCGCUUUCCAUCAUCCCGCCCCAUUCUCCCGCUUACCAUCACCCCGCCCCAUUCUCCCGAUUUCCAUCACCCCGCCCAUUCUCCCGCUUUCCAUCCCCAUUCUCCUGCUUUCCAUCACCCCGCCCCAUUCUCCCGCUUUCCAUCACCCCGCCCCAUUCUCCCGCUUUCCAUCACCCCGCCCCAUUUUCCCGCUUUUCAUCACCCCGCCCCAUUCUCCCGCUUUCCAUCACCCCGCCCCAUUCUCCUGCUUUCCAUCACCCCGCCCUAUUCUCCCUCCUUCCAUCACCCCACCCCAUUCUCCCGCUUUCGAUCACCCCGCCCCAUUCUCCCGCUUUCCAUCACUCCGCCCCAUUCUCCCGCUUUCCAUCACCCCGCCCCAUUCUCCCGCUUUCCAUCACCCCGCCCCAUUCUCCCGCUUUCCAUCACCCCGCCCCAUUCUCCCGCUUUCCAUCACCCCGCCCCAUUCUCCCGCUUUCCAUCACCCCGCCCCAUUCUCCCGCUUUCCAUCACCCCGCCCCAUUCUCCCUCUUUCCAUCACCCCGCCCCAUUCUCCCGCUUUCCAUCACCCCGCCCCAUUCUCCCGCUUUCCAUCACCCCGCCCCAUUCUCCCGCUUUCCAUCACCCCGCCCCAUUCUCUCGCGUUCCAUCACCCCGCCCCAUUCUCCCUCCUUCCAUCACCCCGCACCAUUCUCCCUCCUUCCAUCACCCCGCCCCAUUCUCCCUCCUUCCAUCACCCCGCCCCAUUCUCCCUCCUUCCAUCACCCCACCCCAUUCUCCCGCUUUCCAUCACCCCACCCCAUUCUCCCGAUUUCCAUCAACCCGCCCCAUUCUCCCGCUUUCCAUCAUCCCGCCCCAUUCUCCCGCUUUCCAUCACCCCGCCCCAUUCCUGCUUUCCGUCACCCCGCCCCAUUCUCCCGCUUUCCAUCACCCCGCCCCAUUCUCCCUUCUUCCAUCACCCCGCCCCAUUCUCCCGCUUCCACCACCCCGCCCCAUUCUCCCUCCUUCCAUCACCCCGCCCCAUUCUCCCUCCUUCCAUCACCCAGCCCCGUUCUCCCGCUUUCCAUCACCCCGCCCCGUUCUCCCGCUUUCCAUCACCCCGCCCCGUUCUCCCGCUUUCCAUCACCCCGCCCCAUUCUCCCGCUUUCCAUCACCCGGCCCCAUUCUCCCGCUUUCCAUCACCCCGCCCUAUUCUCCCGCUUUCCAUCACCCCGCCCCAUUCUCCCGCUUUCCAUCACCCCGCCCCAUUCUCCCGCUUUCCAUCACCCCGCCCCAUUCUCCCUCCUUCUAUCACCCCGCACCAUUCUUCCUCCGUCCAUCACCCCGCCCCAUUCUCCCUCCUUCCAUCACCCCGCCCCAUUCUCCCUCCUUCCAUCACCCCGCCCCAUUCUCCCGCUUUCCAUCACCCCACCCCAUUCUUCCGAUUUCCAUCAACCCGCCCCAUUCUCCCGCAUUCCAUCAUCCCCCCCCAUUCUCCCGCUUUCCAUCACCCCGCCCCAUUCCCGCUUUCCAUCACCCCGGCCCAUUCUCCCGAUUUCCAUCACCCCGCCCCAUUCUCCCGCUUUCCAUCACCCCGCCCCAUUCUCCCGCUUCCACCACCCCGGCCCAUUCUCCCUCCUUCCAUCACCCCGCCCUAUUCUCCCUCCUUUCAUCACCCGGCCCCGUUCUCCCGCUUUCCAUCACCCCGCCCCGUUCUCCCGCUUUCCAUCAACCCGCCCCGUUCUCCCGCUUUCCAUCACCCCGCCUCAUUCUCCCGCUUUCCAUCACCCCGCCCCAUUCUCCCUCCUUCCAUCACCCCGCCCCAUUCUCCCUCCUUCCAUCACCCCGCCCCAUUCUCCCGCUUUCCAUCACCCCGCCCCAUUCUCCCGCUUUCCAUCACCCCGCCCCAUUCUCCCGCUUUCCAUCACCCCGCCCCAUUCUCUCGCUUUCCAUCACCCCGCCCCUUUCUCCCGCUUUCUAUCCCCAUUCUCCCGCUUUCCAUCAUCCCGCCCCAUUCUCCCGCUUUCCAUCACCCCGCCCCAUUUUCCUGCUUUCCAUCACCCCGCCCCAUUCUCCCGCUUUCUAUCAUCCCGCCCCAUUCUCCCGCUUUCCAUCACCCCGCCCCAUUCUCCCGCUUUCCAUGACCCCGCCCCAUUCUCCCUCCUUCCAUCACCCCGCCCCAUUCUCCCUCCUUCCAUCACCCCGCCCCAUUCUCCCUCCUUCCAUCACCCCGCCCCAUUCUCCCGCUUUUCAUCACCCCGCCCCAUUCCCAUUCUCCCGCUUUCCAUCACCCCACCCCAUUCUCCCGCUUUCCAUCACCCCGCUGCAUUCUCCCGCUUUCUAUCACCCCGCCCCAUUCUCCCGCUUUCCAUCCCCAUUCUCCCGCUUUCCAUCCCCAUUCAACUGCUUUCCAUCCCCAUUCUCUCGCUUUCCAUCCCCAUUCUCCCGCUUUCCAUCACCCCGCCCCAUUACCUCGGCUCUUGGGGUUUGUAG